AUGCACAAGUUUGCUUCCAGUAUAAUCACAGAAGACUGGUCCACCGCGAGAGGAUACGACAAAGAGGGCGUUGACGAACUCAAAGGCUUGCUGGCACGCAAUGCCGAAGGCGUUUUCCUCUGGCUUGGCUUGGCUGGAGAGAGUCUCAAACGUGGCUAUCACAAAGGUGAUGCCUUGGAAGACCUGCGAAAUCGUCUACAAAGUCUUCCGCCGGAGCUGAAAGAUCUCUACACGGAAAUGUGGCGGCGGUCCAACGAGGACACGCAAUCAAAUCGCGAAAGCGGGUCGUUUUACAUCAAGCUGCUGCUCGAUAGAUACCCCAGCCAGAUGAACCUUAUGAACUCAUUGGCGUUCGUCAUGACCACAACCAAUCAUGAACUACAACGCAAGUACUUGGGGCAUCUGGACCAAGAUGUAAACUGGGAUUGGUUCGCAUCCCUCUGCAAAGAGACCCAGAGGCUCGUAGAGAAUCGGUGCGCGGGGCUCUUU